AUGGCCAGCCAGGAAGAGCCGCGUGGAAAUCAGACUCCUGAAGUUGGAUCAAGAGAUGCCUUGGUAACACUGAUGGAAAACCUAGCACCAUACUCCCGGCCAAUAGUUGUCGGACGCUCUAAGAUACCCGAUAAGAAGCUCGUGGAGAAAGAGUCACGCCAUCAAUCUACGCAUCCUACCCCAGCGCCUUCAGCACAAGUGACCGCAGAUAAGCAAAAUACCUCUAUUAUCACACAUUCCUCAAUUGUUGAUCUCGAAAUGAUCCAAGAUCACUCUGGACACUUUAACGGGCUUUCUGGGAAAUUCCCUGAUUCCGUCCAGUUCAUCAAGGAGCCGAAUUUGCACCGAUUCCAUGCGCCACCUCUAGGGAUGCCAUUGCCCGGACAACACAGAUCCUUGGAAGAACACAUAAUCUGGAUCCUUGCAACUGCCGCCUCGCGAUACCACUCCACACCAUGGCUUCCCGAUUCCUGGAAAAGCAGCCAAGUCGGAUUUUUCAGUCGCGAAAAACUAGCACAGAGCACAAAGGCCCUUUCCCUUCUUACGCCACACCUUAGGAUUGAGGUUACAAGACAAGAUAAAGGAACGGACCGACUUGAGGCCGCUGAUGCGCCACAAAGCAACAAAGACACGGCAUCUAAAUCUAGAGUCUUUGCUCGAAACGCGGUGGUGUUCUCUUUCGGCGUCAUACUUCUCGAACUCGGAUACGGUAAACCGUGGAUCCGGCUCCAGGAAUGGGCCUUCAAAAGUUUGCCAAUAGAGCGGCAGACAGACUAUUAUGCGGCUGAGAAACUUGCCCAGGCAGCGGGACUACGUAGUCGAAUGGGGCUGCGAUUCAGCACUAUUGUUCGCACAUGUCUCGGCUCUGAUUUCGGACUAGGUGAGAAUGGUCUUGCCAGUAAGCAACUGCAAGGAAUUUUCCCCGUGGUUGUUAUUGUCGCACUGAAAGAGAUAGAGAAGGGGCUGAUAGAACUGGGGAGACGACUGGAAUGA